AUGCCGGAAACUCUUACAAACCACAUCUUGGGAACCUCGUUCUCGUUGGUUCCGUUGUCAACUAUCGUUAUUGGACUGAGAUUAUAUUGUCGUCAGUUCCUGUUAGGUCGUGUCAGACUCGAUGACUGGCUCAUUCUUUUCGCACUGAUCAUAACAUGGGGAAUUGCAACUAUCAACUACUGGCAGGCGUUUUUCAAUACGGGGGUGCAUAUGAAAGAUAUGCCUCCCCCGGACCCGACAAAGCCUCCAUUGUACACUCUAGAAGGUACAUUGAAGAGCUGGUAUGUCUACCAGUUAGUCUACCUCUUCGACUUGGGCUUGAUUAAGCUCAGUAUUUUGGCUUUUUACCAUCAAAUCUCUGCCGCCAAGACAUACCGAAUUAUCAUCUAUGCAUCGAUGGCUGUCGUUUCCAUCUACACUAUCAUCAUGAUCUUCAUCAAUGCCUUUGAAUGUCCGCAUGUCCCCGAUGCUUGGUCCGCUGAGAUCUUGUUUCAAGGAUCUGGAUCUUGCAGAGAUCUUAAGCCAAUUUACUUCGCCCAAGCUUCCUUCAACAUUUUCUCCGACGUUUGGAUUCUUUUGCUCCCACUCCCGGUUCUCUUGAGACUUCAAAUGAGACGAAACAAGCGAAUUGCUUUGAUUGGUAUCUUCUCCGUUGGUAGCGUUGCCGUCAUUGCCUCUUGCGCUCGUAUCUACGCUCUCCACGUCUGGUCCACUUCGAAGGAUAUCCCAUACGACGGUGCCAACAUCCUCAUCUGGUCUCAAAUCGAAAUUAAUGCCGCUUUGAUUUCUUGCUCGAUUCCAGCUCUUAAGCCUCUCUUCAAGUCUACCUUUGCUGGAUCUUCUGGCGGACAAGCCGGAUACCAGGACGGAUACUACGGAAACAACUCUCGUACCGGUGCUUCUGCCGCCUUCGGAAAGGACCGCGGAUAUGUCCUCGAAUCCAUGAACCGCGACCGCUACAACGGCAAGCAAGGAGGUACCGUCAACGUUUACUCCACCGGCCAACCCACCGAAUCCGAAGAAAAUAUUGUUAGAGGGGUGGACGAGGAAGGCGAUCGCAUCGUCAAGACGAUCGAGGUGAAGAUUAAUGUCGAGAACUCACCUCCCGGCUCUACUGUUGGUCCCCACUCCCGAAGAAGCUCUGAUACUUUUAAGCAUCAUGCCAGUAACGUUUAA